AAAUACAAAUGCAGAUAGAUUCCAGGCAUAAGCUUGAAAAAGUAGAAAUCCAAUAGAAACGAAAAGCCCAAGAAAAUUUGGAAGUUUAGAAAGGAAAGAGUGAUUAAUCACAAAUCUAUUUCAUUAUUGAUUACUAUAUAUUUUGCAAAAUUCAGAAAGGAAAGAGAUGCAGGCCAUAGUUAUUAUCCCUACAUAUUGCUGCAACGCCCAUCAAUCCCCAGAACCCUCCUCUUCUCGUCCCCUAACUACCAAGCCCUCUAGCUACUUUGGCAUCCGCGUCUUGCUCGAGAAAGGGCGUAAUCCUGCUCGGCGUUGCUCAUGGCGUUGUGUGCGGGUCCGAUCACCUGCUCUCACGCGCAGGAAAGUUGUAAAGGCUGUUGCCACGCCUGAUUCAGCCUUAGAAUUGCCCCUAACUGCUGCGAAUGUUGAGAGCGUGUUGGAUGAAGUUCGACCCUAUCUGAUUGCUGAUGGGGGGAAUGUGGCAUUACAUGAGAUUGAUGGUAAUGUUGUGCGGUUGAAGCUCCAAGGAGCAUGUGGCUCAUGUCCGAGUUCUGUUACGACAAUGAAGAUGGGUAUUGAGAAACGUUUAAUGGAAAAGAUACCUGAAAUUGUUGCAGUGGAGCCUAUAACUGAUGAAGAAACUGGCCUUGAGCUGAAUGAAGAAAAUAUUGAGAAGGUACUUGAAGAGAUUAGGCCCUACCUGGUGGGGGCAGCGGGUGGAUCUCUUGAAUUAGUUGCCAUUGAGGAGCCAAUAGUUAAAGUUAGAAUCACGGGUCCUGCAGCAGGGGUCAUGACUGUUAGAGUGGCUGUUACUCAAAAAUUGCGAGAGAAAAUUCCCACCAUUGCUGCGGUUCAACUUCUAUGAUUUAGAUUCAAGAAUUUCGACUAACAAAUAAUGCAUUUAUUGUCAGGCUUGUAAAACUUGUAUGAAUAAUAUGAAUUCCAUUUCUUGGUGUAUCUAUAUCUAUACUAUUCUUUUUAA